GUCCGAUGCCCGCUUUGUUUUCAAACUUGCAUGUCGUCGCCCUUAUUCCUUCUUGCAGUGGCUCUAUCGACGCGUUUUUUGGUCGCGUAACUGGUGUAUUUUACUCGAGAUAUCGAGAACUGUCUUUAUCUUCGCUCUGAAAGAGAGCUACGAGUGGUUUGACUUUUGCUCUUUCAAUCGCCUAUUUACGCUUUUUUUGGGUGGUAUAUAGUCAUAUAUAUGCUAUUGCGGUGAACCUGCGCGACAAAUAGUGGCUUGACUUUCGAACACAUUCCACAAAAGCACGAAAAGCGUACAUCGUGAGGCUGAUAUGGAUAUCACCCCCGAUGCGUCGCUAGCCAUGGAUAUCGACAAUUUGGAGGAUGAAAUAUCUUCGUCGUCGCCGGACAACAGCGGACACGCUUUGUGGAAGGCCUCCCAAACUCCCAACGUGGCCCUUCGCGACCUUAUCAUGGAGUCAUCAGAGAGCUUGGUUGGUUCCUCACUCGAUAAGCGCAUCCCCAGGUGGGAUGGCCCUAGUUCCCCUCAAGAGCGUCGGAGAUCUGCCCCAUAUAAUACGAAGCGCCGUCCUCCUCCGCGACGGACCACUUCCACUGCACUGCAGCCCCUCACUCCCACAUCUACCAGUUUACCCGGUGCCAUACCCGAAGUAAACAAAUUGUUCGGGCUCAUUGGAAUGGUCCGGGUUGACGACGAGAACUCGGAGCAGGUUUCUGUGGCUAAGGAGAAGGAGAAAGUCACGAUGAGAAGAAAAAACGGACGUAACACUAUGUGUCCGCCACCCGCUCCGAAAGGCAAAGGGAAAGGAAAAGGGCUUGCACAAGAUUCCAAAAAGGACGUUAAUAAGGGACGUCAUAGUGGCAAAUUUACUACGCCAACCAUCUCUUUGCCGGCUUCCACUUCGACGACAUCACUUUCGGACGUUCCUAUGCUGGAUGUUAGUUCACAUAGUAUGCAUGGCGAACACGCAGUUCCGGCACCACCUCCACCCCCAUUGUUGACUCCUGGUCCAAGUGAGAAUGCUCCGGGACGCAGUAGAGCAUUACUGGACGGCGCGGUCCCAAAGUGCCCGCAGCAGGACCCGAAAAAUGCACAUGGCAAACAACCGUCUGCUCCGUUAAAGGUCGUCAAAACUACUUCCUCUAGCAACGAUGCUGUACACGUUGUGACGACUUCACUUCCGCAGACAUCUACAACACCAAAGACGACAUCCCAACCCCGAUCGGGCGAGGGCGAGAAGGCAGCAACUUGUUUGUCUCUAAAUGCAAACAAGGCUCCUUCUGGACCAAGCAGGCAUUCGUCAACCAGGAGUCUCAGGUCUUCAUCCUCUGUCAGUCGAACAGAACUCAUUAGGCAGGCACUUGUCACUCCACCAUCGUCAUCCGAGAGAAACGAGGGACAGCCGCCCUCGAUUUCUAAAGGUGAUUCCCUUAGGCAAAGCGGUCGUUCCUCCAGCCGAGGGGUAACACCUCAACCCACUCUUUUAUCUAACCGAAGUCGACCCUCGACUUCCUCUGCGGCAUCGUCGCGAUCUGUAUCUCGCCAACCUCCAUCUCAAUCGCCCAUUGCAACGCAACCAAAGCCCUUGGGCACAGAUCCUUCCCAUCGACCUCCCCCUCGGCAACUGGGUAUGGGCGUGCGUCGAGCCAGUUCGGCGCCAACAGGUCCGCUUGCGAAUAGGCCAUUGCCGACGCACCAGAAAGGGUUUAAACCGCCUCUUCUCAUUGGAACUCAGAUUCCGAAGCCUGUGGAGAAGCCUCCGAGUCCCCCUCCCCCUCCCGCACCCCCUGCUCCUCAGAAGGAGCCCUCGUCGGAUACUUCGUUUGAUUGCUCUUUCGAUAUAGAUCCGGAGGAGCUGGAUAAUGCGAUGCAGGAGUUUGACUAGAAUUUCUUAUUUACUUUCCAUUUACUUCCUUUCUUCAGGGCAUAUUUGAUUAAUGUUGUAUUUCUUUCUCUGUCACCGGCAUCUACUCAUGUAUUGUAACCCAAGCAUUAAAAUACUCAUCCGCAUUUACAUUUUCGUAAUUUCUGGUCGACGUACCACGUGACAUGAUUUCCUGGUCCGAAGUUAUUAAAAUUUCUCCAUUUUCAUUUCCUUCCAUCAUGGAUGCGCCGUUGAACC